AUGGUGGCACACCAACAGCGACCGUUUUCGCAAGGGCAGGGUUUGGCAAAAGUCCUCCAACAGGAAAUCGACCGAUGCAGGAGCGGACCAGCCCUAUCACUAAUUGCGACAGAUGGAGAGUCAGGACGCGCCGGCAUUACCCUGCGCAGACAGGUGAUUGACUUCGCGAUGCGGGCGUGCUGCGGCCACAGUGUGGAUGGAACGACUAUCGUCACUUCGGCCAAGGGCGAGUUUCGCACACUGGUGCAGCAGGGCUCACCGGACGGCCGUAGGCGUGCGAGGCAGGCUCGUGCCGUGGUUCGUGAGCUGUCGAGAGGCAUGGUGCAAACGAACGGCGCGACGCAGAGACGGGCCGCCAACGAAUCGUGCAGUCCAACUGCCCGAGGUGGUCCCACCAUGCUCCUUGCAUCCGCGCUGUCGAGGGCGAGCUGGCUGCAGGAGGGUGAGGCCACGGUGCCGUCGUCGAAAGGCUGGGCGUGA